AUGGUCAAUUCUCUCAGACCUACCUCGACCAGGUCACCCACUCGGCGCGCCUCCGCCAAACACCCCACACCACCAUCCUCCAAGCUCUCAAGCACAUCGCCGCACCCCCUGCCCGACAAUAACGAACCUCUCGAGAGCCCGGCACAGGGCGACAGACCUGCCAAACGCCUCAAGCUGACGCUCAAAGGGCCGAAGCUUGCUGCGGUGCCUGCUGACAUUGGCGACACAAACGCGACCCUUCCGUCUCCGAGACCCCCCGUCAAGCUGACUCUCUCCGAACCACAUGGUCCUCUACUGCAGACUACCAAUGGCGUACGCAAACCUCUGAGUGUCACUGAAGACUCAAUAUCCGCCCACACGUCACCUUCUGCAACUUCGGCUUCGACUUUGAACCCUCCACAGAGACAAACCCGAAAGACGUCAGAGAGGCGUAGUUUGCGCUCUCAAGAUGAAGGUCCGCGGUUGAAGAGCGAGCUGGCUGUGUACUUUCCCAACUACGAGGACAUAAUAUAUGACUCCAACAAGGAACCGGAAUUCAUCACCACGGACACAAUCAUCCACAUCAGUGACGAGCCUUAUGAUCCUGUACAAGAUCCGAACUUCAAGGCUCAUCCUACAGUGAGCAAUUCCAAGAAUCAGCGCGCUUCAAUCUCGCCUAGAAAAGCCCCACCUUCGCCAAAGCAGAAAAACAAAUAUAAUGGCGCCCAGGUCAUUGACUUCUCGUCGAUUGAGAAGAGCGUAGGCCAUCAUCCAAAAGAUCCUUUGACAGAUGCGUUCUACUUCAAAUCGCAUCGUCGAGCGGAGCGCAAGGAGAAGCAGUUACGCAAUAUCGAAAAGGAGAGAGCAAUGCACGAAAAGGCCCAGCUUGAAAGGCUCCUCGACGCCUUGCAAGGGCACGACUGGCUGCGCGUCAUGGGCAUUGUCAGCGUAGCGGACGUAGACGCGAAGAAGUACGAGCCAAAGAGGAAGUACUUUGUUGAUGAAGUCAAUGCGCUCUUGCUGAAGUUCAAAACGUGGAAAGACGAGGAAAAGCGAAUACGGUAUGAAAAGGAAGCUGCUGCCAUGGCAGGGGACGAUGACGAGGAGGAAGAUGAAAGUGAGAGUGAGGUGUCUUCGGCCGAUUUGGAUGCCUCAGCAGCUCGCCAACUACAGAUCGAAGCUUCAGGAGGAGCCAAAGGAGCGAAAGACAGUAGUAAACCCGGAAAGCUCAAAAGCAAGACGCGAGCCUCCGCUCCAGUCCCCGAGCCCGAGCCCGCGCCUCCACCUCCAGCUCCUGUCCCAACGAUUUAUCGAGAGCCAACACCAGAAGGUCCUUUUACCAGCUUCUACUCAAAACCCCAUCUGCGAGCGGCGGCCUUGGGAAACACCAGACAUGGUCGAACCCUCACAGCAUUUGGUGUGGCGAUACCGGAGGUUGAGGAACGCGACUUUGCUCUACCGGAAGACUACGUGACCCCGGAAGCAUUGAGAGAUAAUGCAAGAAAGCGUAGGAGAAUGAAGCGCGAGACGGCAAUGGAUUCAGGCAAGGCAUGA